AAAAUUAUACUUCCCUAUAUAUUGUAAGAUCUGGUAAGGGCACACUACAUCAAAUCUAUUUUGGGAAAUUGAAGUGAAAAAAAAAAUCGUGGUCGUGCGAACGGUUCAAGACUUGUAACAAACUUUUUCUUUUCUGUUAAAAAAAAUUUCAUCACUAUCGUGUGUGUCAUAAGUUUCAGUAAUCAAGACUCUAGAUUCGUAUUCCAUAGAUAAUUAAUAAAAUAUGUCUUACGACGAUAUUGAAAAUGCUGUUCCUGAUAUUGUGAUCGGAGGCAAUAUUGAAGACGAACAAGAUGAAUAUCAAUUUGAUAUUGAAAGUGAUAAUGAACAAGCCGAUGAUGGCCAGAUCAAUGUUGAAGAAGAAAUCAAAGAAAAGAAGUCUGUAGCCUUUGCUGGUUUAGACGAUGAAUUUGAUGAAGAAGAAGCCAAGAGAGAAUUCGAAGAAGGUGGUGGUUUACCAGAACAACCAGAAAAUCCUAAUUUCACUGAAUAUACCCCAUUAUCUGCUGAUAUUAUUAAUAGACAAGCUACCAUAAAUAUUGGUACUAUUGGUCAUGUGGCUCAUGGUAAAUCUACUGUGGUCAGAGCUAUCUCUGGUGUUCAAACUGUUCGUUUCAAAGAUGAAUUGGAAAGAAAUAUUACCAUUAAAUUGGGUUAUGCUAACGCAAAAAUUUAUAAAUGUGACAAUGAAGAUUGUCCAGAACCAGAUUGUUAUAAAUCAUUUAAAUCAGACAAAGAAAUCAGACCGAAAUGUGCUCGUCCAGGUUGCGAAGGAAGAUAUAAAUUACUUAGACAUGUUUCAUUCGUUGAUUGUCCAGGUCAUGAUAUUUUAAUGAGUACUAUGUUGUCAGGUGCAGCUGUUAUGGAUGCUGCUCUUUUAUUAAUUGCUGGUAACGAAAGUUGUCCACAACCUCAAACUUCAGAACAUUUAGCUGCUAUAGAAAUUAUGAAAUUAAAGCAUGUUAUCAUUUUACAAAAUAAAGUUGAUUUAAUGAGAGAAGAAUCAGCUUUAGAACAUCAAAAAUCAAUCUUAUCCUUUAUAAGGGGUACUAUUGCUGAUGGUGCUCCAAUAGUUCCAAUCUCUGCUCAAUUGAAAUAUAAUAUUGAUGCUGUCAAUGAAUAUAUUGUCAAAUAUAUUCCAGUUCCAUUAAGAGAUUUCGCUGCUACUCCAAGAUUAAUUGUUAUUAGAUCUUUCGAUGUCAAUAAACCAGGUGCUGAAAUAGAAGACUUGAAAGGUGGUGUUGCUGGUGGUUCUAUUUUAACCGGUGUGUUUAAGAUUGGUGAUGAAAUUGAAAUCAGACCAGGUAUUGUUACUAAAGAUGAUAAUGGUAAGAUUCAAUGUAAACCAAUUUUCUCCAACAUUGUUUCAUUAUUCGCCGAACAUAACGAUUUAAAAUUCGCUGUUCCAGGUGGUUUAAUUGGUGUGGGUACUAAAGUCGAUCCAACUUUAUGUAGAGCUGAUAGAUUAGUUGGUCAAGUUGUUGGUGCUAAAGGUAACUUACCAUCCAUUUAUACUGAUAUCGAAGUUAAUUAUUUCUUAUUAAGAAGAUUAUUAGGUGUCAAGACUGAAGGUCAAAAACAAGGUGCUAAAGUUAAAAGAUUGGAAGCUGGUGAAGUUUUAAUGGUUAACAUUGGUUCUACUGCUACGGGUGCUAAAGUUUUAGCUGUCAAGGCUGAUAUGGCUCGUUUACAAUUAACUUCUCCUGCUUGUACUGAAGUCAAUGAAAAGAUUGCCUUAUCAAGACGUAUAGAUAAACAUUGGCGUUUAAUCGGUUGGGCUACAAUCAAAAAGGGUACUGUUUUAGAACCAACUGCAUGAUCUAUUGAAUUAGUUUAAACUUCAUAAACUCAUUGUAUUUAUAGCUACAUA